AUGGCCAAUAAAUCACGAGCGCUCUAUUUUGUAUUCGAGCCAACCGUUGGGGAACCGGUGGAUGAGGUUACUAUUUGGAUGAAUGGGGGUCCUGGUUGUAGUUCUUUGGAAGCCUUUUUUCAGGAAAAUGGCCGUUUUAUUUGGAGUUGGGGUAUGUAUACGCCGCAGAUAAAUCCGUAUUCUUGGGUUAAUUUGACGAAAGUUCUUUGGGUUGAACAACCUGUCGGAACGGGUUUCUCAAUCGGUGAGGUGACUGCUACGAGCGAAGAAGAUGUUGCUGAGGAUUUUGUCAAUUCCUUCCUAAACUUCCAGAGGACAUUUGGGAUCAAGAAUUUUAAAAUCUAUGGUACGGGUGAAAGUUAUGCGGGGAGAUAUGUUCCGUAUAUAUCUCUUGCUAUGUUGGAGAAAAAUGAUACAGAAUAUUUUGAUGUAUCUGGAGCAUUAGCCUAUCACCCCGUCAUUGAAUCCUACGUAUACGCACAACAACAAGUGCCCGCCGUUCCCUUCCUCCUGCAAAACAACAACAUCCUAGGCCUCAACUCCACAUUCAUCGCGCACCUAGAAGCUCUCCACCAAUCAUGCGGCUACUCCGAUUUUCUAACCCAAUAUCUAACCUUUCCCCCCUCCGGCAUCCAGCCCCCCAAAUACUUUGACGACCACAACGCCAACGACCUCGCAUGCGAUCUCUGGGGCUCUAUCUACCACGCAGCCUAUGGACUUAACCCCUGCUUCAACGUCUACGAAGUCUCCACGCAAUGCCCCUUCCUCUCCGACCCCCUCGGUUACCCCACCGAUCUCCAGUACCUGUACCCCGGCUUCGAGCAGAUAUACUUCAACCGCAGCGACGUGAAGAAAGCCAUGCACGCCCCUUCCGAAAUCAGCUGGAACGAAUGUUCCGGCCCCGUAUUCCUCGGAACCUCCGGUCCCGAACAAGAAGGCGACCUUAGUGCCGACCCCAUCCAACGCGGUACCAACCGCGUUUUGAUCGCCAACGGAGCUCUGGAUUUUGAAAUCCUGACUAAUGGCACAUUACUCGCCAUUCAAAAUAUGACGUGGGGAGGAAAAUUGGGCUUUCAGUGGAAACCGACUAAACCCAUUGUAAUUAAGUUGCCGGAUCUACAGUACGGGGGACUGUUUAUCGAGCAGGGGGCAUAUGCAGAGCCGAGGAGUAGUUAUAGACAUUUGCAGUGGGUUUUGGGGAGGAUUGAGGAGUUGUAG